CUUCUUAUUCAAACUUGAGUUUCCUUCUCCAGACAAAGAACCACCCUCACUAGUGCUGCUGCUGAUGAUGGUGAUGAUUAUAAUUAUAAUGAUAGCGGCUGCGAUUCUAAAAGAUCAUUCGAUUUCUCCUCCUUCAAAGCCGACAUCCUCUCCACUCGCAUCUUUUGAGACUGCUCACGUAGCCGUGCUUGAUUGCUUUGCCAUUAUCUGUAUUUGCUUUCUCCUGCGUGCGGCCUUAACUUGUAACUGUACUAGCUGCAUAAAAACCCAACAAGCAAGAAUUGUCAAGCUUUUGUUGUCAUUCAAGUAUAACGUCAUCUGCAAUCCAAUUGAAGCAUCAUUAUCUUUGAGCAACAAAUGAAAGGGCGCCCUCUCGGCUCCCUAUGGCAUGAUAUUCAUUUUUACAAUUAAGAACUAAUCAUUUCGAAACUUUAUUAAAAAAAUUAAACAUUUUUUUUUAUUUUUUUUUGGAAAUGUUUUUAUUUUAUUGGCAUACAACUUCUCAAUUAUGUAGUAAUUUAAUUCAAAUUGUAAAGUAAAGGCUUUUGAAAGGUUACCGAAAGCGCAGUGACGGAGAUGGAGGAGAUGGAGAUGAGGGCCGGGGAAGACAUAGAGAUAGGACAAGACAUAACGCCGCCGCUCCCUCCGCUUUCUUCCGCUCUCCAUCACUCCCUCCUCUCAUCUCACUGCUCUUCCUGCUUCUCCCCACUCCCUCCCCAACCCUUCCCUCCCCUCUGUACCCCUUCCUUUCCCAACACUCCCUCCUCCUACUACUGCUCCUCCCUCUGCUCCUCCGCCGAUUCUCCCCUCCACGUCUCCAGCGCCGAGCCCUACCUUCUCCUGCUUCUCCAAUCCCACCCCUCCGCCUAUCCCAACGGCGACUCCUCCGACCUCCGCGCCGCCCUUCGCCUCCUCCAAUCGCUUCCCGCCACCUCCCCCUACCCCCGCAUCGCCGGCCUACUGACGAAUCGCCACAAACUCCUCCACCACCACGACCAUAGGGUUCGCGACGGCGCCAGAGCCAUGUUCCUCGCCAGGAAGAUGCGGGAUGAAUCUCCGAAUUUCUCUAUCGAUGCGACUAUUGCCGACGUUGCUCCGCACGACGCCGUAUUGGAGGAGGCCGUGCUGUCAUUGGUGCUAACGAACGCCGUGGAGGUGCAGGAUAAGACCGGGCGCAUCCUUGGAAUUUCCGUCUACGGUCCCAGCUUCUGCUGGAUCAAUCACGUCUGCUCCCCGAAUGCUUGCUACCGCUUUUCUUUGAUGACACCGCCAACACCACCUUGUUGGCCCGAAACGCCGCUGCUGCGCAUUGUCCCCUUCGGCCGCUCCUCCGGUCCUGCCACACAAAUUGAGAAUGGUGUUUGUAGCAAUAAUGUGUUAGCAAAAGAAUGCCGAGGUUAUGGUCCAAGAGUGACGGUUAGGAGCAUCAAGAGAAUCAAGAAAGGCGAAGAAGUGACUGUUACUUAUACUGAUUUGUUGCAGCCAAAGGCAAUGAGGCAGUCAGAGCUAUGGUCAAGGUAUCGGUUUAUCUGCUCUUGUACACGAUGUAGUGCAUCACCCCUAACCUACGUGGAUCAAGCUUUGGAGGUGGAAAUAUUUGCAGUCAAUUCCAGCUCCUCCAGUUUGAGUUUAGAAAUAAACUUUGAUAGAGAUAAGGCAACGCAAUUGUUGAGUGUUUACUUUAAUGAUGCUAUUGAUGACUACCUGUCAAUUGGCGAUCCUGAAUCUUCUUGUGAGAGGCUUGAGCAUGCGUUCACACAAGGACUCUCUGAUAUGCAAUUAGAUUGCAACGGAGAGACAUCGCAGCUGAGAUACUGGUUGCACCCAUUAAACUACCUCUCCCUAAAUGCCUACACAACACUGGCUUCAGCGUAUAAAAUCCGUGCAACUGACAUGAUAGCUUUAUCUUCUAAAAUGGAUGAUCAUCUGUUAAAAGCUUUGAACUUAAGCAGGACUGGUGCAGCAUACUCCUUGCUACUUGCUGGUGCAACUCACCAUCUGUUCCACUCUGAAUCGUCUCUAAUUGUAUCUGUUGCAAAUUUCUGGACAAGCGCAGGGGAGUCAUUGUUAACUCUUGCUAGAAGCUCAUUCUGGAGUGAGUUUGUCCACCGGGAUCUGCCUGUGUCAAAUCCAUGUUCCACUGCAAGAUAUAGAUGUCCAAAAUGCUCAUUGAUAGACAAAUUUGAAGCUUGUUUAUUCUAUGGUCAAGUUCGACAUGCAGAUUUUGACGAUGUCUCAAGUGAAUUCAUUGAUUGCGUCUCUAAUUUUACACAGAAUGUUUGGAAUAUUUUGGCUCUCAGUUGCCAGUACCUUAGAGUGAUUAAGAGUCCUAUCGAUUUUAGUUGGCUUGGUACCACAAAAUAUUCCGGCGUAGGGGAAGUUCUGAUUCAGUCUAGUGGCACUAAAGCGGGUUCUUGUGGGACUGAGAGAAGCAUUUCUGGAAGCAAAGCAGAGGGAUACACAGACCAGGUACGGAUAUGUAUUUUUAAGCUCGGUGUCCAUUGCUUACUAUAUGGAGGAUAUCUAGCGAGCAUAUGUUAUGGUAAUUCCCAUUUGACCUGUUAUGUUCGUAAUAUUUUAGAUAUGGAAGGGAUAUUGAAUCCUUGUCAUGAACCCAAUUGAGUUUUAAGAUCUUAGAAGUUAAAUUAUUCUUGUUUUGAUGUUAA